AUGCAGAGAUUAGAACGUGAAAAUGAAAUUGAAUUAGAUCGUGUUCGAGCUUAUAAAUCUGAAACAGAACAGUUACGUAGUAAAACAUUAUCAGCUCCAUCAGGUCAAGCAAGUCGAAAUAGAACGAAAGAUAUAUUUAACAUCCUUGAACCAUCAAUUAAUUAUGUGUUGAAGAACGACGAUGUGCAAGUUGCACUUAAAUGA